AUGGAAAAUCAGGAGUCUGUGCGAGAUUUGCCACAGUCUCCUUCCGAAGAGGUCGCGAGAGGAGGAAGCAACUUCUUGCUGUACAACUUAUUUGAUACCAUCUCUCAGGCAUCAUCAGAGGUCUCAUGGCGCUUUCGCUCUAAUCGCUCGGUGGAUGCUUUGCAUGCAGCGUUGCCAGAAGAGCAGCUGCGAAUGUGGUCACAAAGAUACCGCUGUCCACCGCGAGCAGCAAGCCUGGAGAACUUGCCCCGCCUGCGAACAAUGAAACCUGAGGUGGCGGACAGGGAGCUAGCCUUCGUGAUGCAGGCAGGUGAGCUUGCACUGGAGAAGCCAAGAUUUCCUUCCAAGCGCAAGUGCCAGGAUUUGCGUUGGCUGAUCCUCCUGGGCUUUGUGCUGGCAUUUGUAGCGAUGUAUUGUGUCAUGGUGUUUCAGCAAGCAGAGCUAGAUGUCAUUCAGCAGCUCCUGCACAAUGGCAUGCUGAUCGCCAGCUCAGCUGGAUGCCUUGCAGGGAUGGUCCUAUCUACGCUAUUCAUGUUGAUGACGCGAUGCUUUCCAAAUUUCAUGGUGAGACUGCUUGUGUUGGGCAGCCCCAUCGUCAUGAUCGUUUCAGGGUCUGUCUACACCACCUUCCAUUGCAUGACUGCAGGAUGUGUCUUCCUGGCUGUCGGAAUCACUCUUCUCAUGGUGCUUUUCUUUGGUUGCCAGCAGUCCGGACUGACUGGCCAGACAAUGGGCCAAGUGCUUCACGACUUGGUUUGUCCCAGAACGUUGCUUGUUCAUGGUCUUCACCUUCUUCUGAACUUGGCUUGGCUUGUCUGUUGCAGCUUGGUGGUACUCGCUGCCGAUAUACGUUUUAAGGACAUGGCUGUCGAGAUCGUGCUGGUGCAUAUUGUUGUGGCUCUGAUCUACAUUUGGGGAGCAGAGGUCCUUGGUUACGUCGCUCAAGUGGCCUACUGCGGCUUGCUUCUGCGCUCAUACUUGGGAGAGGAUACCAGAGCCUUCAGAAGAAGUCUUCGCACAGCAUUCGUCGUAGUUGGUAGCGCCUGCUAUGCAGCAACCGUAGGAGCGCCAGGUUGCUUGUGGUCUAUCCUGAGACAGGCAGAGGCCAGAAGAAGAGGAAAGUGCAGAGAUGAGGGGCAACUCUCGAGUGCAGUGCCCUGCCCUGGUCGCACAGUGGAGUACUGUGGUGCUUGGGCGAUUGCUGUUUCUGCAAUGCGGGACGUGAACCACAUCGAAGGGGCACGUUUGGCAAAGUGUUUCCUUACUUGCGCAAAUGCAGAGGUUUUGCUCGAGGAUAUCAUGCUAAAGUCCAUCGAUUUCUUUGGGUCUUUGCUUUGCGGAUUGCUUGGGUGCGCUGCCAGCGUUGGCACUGCCCUGUUCUUUGAACUGGAACAAGGCUCCAUAUCUUGGUGCGGCAUCAUCGGGUUCGUUUCUUCUUUCGUGUUUGGCAGAGCUUCCAUGGGAUUUAUCACGCACAGCGUAGAGGCGUUUCUCCUGCUGUGGAGUGAGGACCCGGGCCCAUUUCAGCAUACGGAACUUCACAAGGAAUUUGAGAUGCGAAUCAGUGCAGACUUAUCCUAUGAGUUUGGAGUAAGGCCCACACCAGCCCCUUUGUGA